AUCGUUCCUUCUUCUCCAACUAAGGUUUAUACUGUCGGGAUCCCAUCUCCGCCUUCAAAUCGAUCUCGAUCUUAGCUUCGAGUAUCUCCGAUAGACCAACCAUGCCAGCUCCUCGAGCAACGACAGUCGCUCCUCUGCGGGACCAGCUCGAAGAAAUCAUGACGACGGAGGACAUGACCAAUGCAGUCUGGAACCGUAUCCUGCACGAUAUUUUCCUCCCACCACGCUACCUCAUCUCGCCAGAAUACCGCUUCGAAACCCGGACCCAAGAAGGGCGCCGUGCAGACUUAGUUGUUGUGGACUUAGACAGCGUUGAGGACAAUCAGCAGGUCGUGGUCGCAUAUGAGGGCAAGGAAAGAGGUGGAGGCGGCGUUGCCCUCGCGGCGGCGCUGAAGCAAGCUACCGACUGCCUGAAAGGGAGGGGUGUCUCCGGCAUCGCCAUCGCCGCACUCGGGCCUGAGUUCAAGAUCACGAAUCAGGGUAUGCAGGACGCUGGAUCCUUCAAGGGAGACAGCAACGGAAGAAAGUGGAUUGGGCCUAACCUCGACAAGAUUGUCGAUUACUUGGCACGAACAGCCGACAGAGGGGGUAUGCCUGUGCAGUAGUUUCCCCCCCUAAUCCCUCAAAGCCCCAGAGGAAAUUUUCUUACUCCGAAUAUCUAUGUCGCGCACCCGAAAGCGGUAGCUGUCUCUCCUCAGGGUAUUACCAUAUUCCAUCUUGAUCUUUAUAUUGAACCUUCUUUCUUACUAAGCAGGGCUAAAAAAGGAAGGCUGUAAUACUCAUGUAGUGGUAAGUAAAUUGUAUCAGACGCUCCAAAGGACUAUCGUUCUAGCAAA